ACACACACACGCUCGUCUUCAAAAACAACGACACUAACAAUUUCAUCAAUAGGUAACCAGAAUGUCCAAGAAGCAGGAAGUCAAGGUCUACGGCCCGAACGUGCCGAAGGACGAGCUCGUGUACGGCGUCGUGCACAUCUUCGCCUCCUUCAAUGACACCUUCGUCCACGUGACGGACACGUCGGGCCGCGAAACGUACGUGAAGGUCACCGGCGGCAUGAAGGUGAAGGCGGACCGCGAUGAGUCGUCGCCCUACGCCGCCAUGAUGGCUGCCCAGGACGUGGUGGCCCGCUGCAAGGAGUGCGGCAUCACUGCCCUGCACGUCAAGAUGCGCGCCGUCGGCGGUGUGCGCACCAAGUCCCCUGGCCCCGGCGCGCAGGCCGCCCUCCGCGCCCUCGCCCGUGCUGGCAUGAAGAUCGGCCGCAUCGAGGAUGUCACCCCGAUCCCGACCGACUCCACCCGCCGCAAGGGCUCCCGCCGCGGUCGCCGUCUGUAAGCUCUGCUGGCGCGGCAGACCACUGGAACUCUGGUCUUUCUUUUCUUAUUAUUUAUUGAUUUCAUGCUCGAAU